AUGAAUCUAUUAAUUCUCCAUGGCUUUGGGGACCUCCAGGAACUUCAGUUUUUUGUUUUUCCACUGUUUUUAGGAAUUUAUGGAAUAACAAUGGUCGGGAAUUUUCUUAUUUUAAUAUCUGUAUCAGUUGAUAAGAAACUUCACACUCCCAUGUAUUUCUUUAUUGGCAAUUUAUCAUUCUUGGAACUCUGGUAUACCUCAAACAUUAGCCCAAAAAUGUUGGUGGAUUUACUGAGCAAGGACAAGACCAUUUCAGUGACAGGCUGCAUCAUACAGCUAUACAUUUUCUGUGCCCUGGGAACUGUUGAAUGCUUUCUCUUGUUGCUCAUGUCAUAUGAUCGUUAUCUUGCCAUCUGUAAUCCACUGCACUAUGCCAAAUCAAUGAAUUGGAAUUGUUGCCUUAAAUUAACUGCUGGCACAUGGUUAUGGGGCUUCCUAUUAGCUGCUGGGCUGAACAUCAUUGUCUCCACGUCUUUAACACUUUGUGGCCCCAAUCAGGUCGAUCAUUUCUUUUGUGACUUGACACCCUUGUUGAAGUUGUCCUGUUCUGAUAUCCACCUAGCAGAAGUGGCCAUCUUCGUAGCAUGUUUUGCUGUGUCAUUGGUUCCUUUUCUUUUAACCAUCACAUCAUACGUCUCUAUCAUACUGACCAUUUUCAAAAUUCCAUCAUCAUCUGGAAAGAAGAAAGCCUUUUCCACUUGUAGCUCUCAUCUAAUUGUAGUAAGCUCCUUCUACGGAACUCUGGGCAUCACAUAUGCGGUCUCUAUAGGGACACAGUCAGUAGAAUUAAACAAAAUUCUUUCCUUGUUGUAUACUGUUCUGACUCCUAUGUUUAAUCCCAUUGUAUACAGUCUGAGGAAUAAGGAGGUUAAAGAAACACUAAGAAUGUUGUUGAGUAAAGCUUCAGCUUUCAUAAACUGA